CACUUAUACAAAACGUCAUUCGUCACGUCAUUCCAUGUAUUUGUAUUAUUUUUAUUGCAAUUUUUCAAUUCAAAUUAGCAAAAAUCUAAAAGUAAUACGUAAUUUAUUGAUAGCAUAGUAUUAUAAAACCAAUCUUUGUGAAUAAGUUUGUGGAAAUAGAACUCGGAAACCAUAUAGUCGCCGCCCUGUUGCAACUAAUUAGUUAAAACUCUUUAUUCGCGUCGAUUACUAAAUUUCCUGAUUGCAUUUGACUCAAUAAAAUGGAUUAUAUUGCGACAUUAAAGAUCCUAGUUAUCGGAGAGAGUGGUGUUGGUAAAUCUAGUAUUAUCCUGGCAUUCACAACAGGGGACUACAAUGCAUCAUUCCCAGCCACUAUCGGAGUGGACUACAAAUGUAAGGUGAUGGAAGUGAACGGCAUGAAGGUCAAACUCGGCAUCUGGGAUACAGCGGGACAGGAGCGCUAUAGGACAUUGACAAACAGUUUUUACAGAGAAGCACAUGGCGCAAUUUUAGUAUAUGAUGUCUCAGAACCAAAAACCUUACAAAAGUUAAAUGAAUGGGUCGAGGAAUUACAGGUGUACACUACAAAGAAAAAUAUUGUUUGUCUGGUUGUUGGGAAUAAAAUUGACAAGCCACGUGUAGUGCCCAGAGAAGCAGGUCAGGCAUUCGCACAAAAACACAGGAUGCUAUUCAUAGAGAGCAGUGCAAAGACUCAAGAGGGCAUAAACUUGGCAUUCGAAGAGUUAGUGCAAAAGAUCAUAGAAACACCAGGUCUAUGGGAGACUACGGGAUCGUCUUCGAACAUUCGCGUAUCGACUGAGGAGGCCAGACCACAGGAGGAAUCUUGCUAUGGUUCUUGUACCAUUUAACUUGAAAAAAAAUGUAUAUACCUGGUUGCAGUCAAAAUUACUUUUAGUUAACGAAAUCAGUGUUUUUGACCAGCAGAGACUUAAAGUAAAAGUAUAAAUUUUAUACUUUUUCAAGUUAUUUUAAGUGAGAGAAAGUGUGUUUUCUUUUCGAUCGCAAGCACCGUUGCUAGAGUAAAAUGCACUAGACAGUAGAAUGCUGGUAAAAUGGGUGACCGGUUAGCAACCAAAAUUUUAAACUUUAAACCCUAAAAUUUUAAACCCUACUUGUUGACUGUAUUAGAUCGUAUAUAACAUACUACAUACGCGGUAAUACAUAUUUUUUGUAUUCGAUUGCCGUACAUUGAAAAAAACGAUGAAAAUGCCAAAAUUUCAACAAGUCCAUGUCAACAAGGUUUUUUAAUUUUUUUCUGUUACCCGUGUGUAAAAAAGUGUCUGCCGGUGAAAAAUUCUUUGGACUGCCUAGUGAGGAAUUUUGACUGCAAAAUGUAGUUACAUCGACAUCCUCCAGAUAUGCAAUUUCAAAACCAUAAAGUAACAUGAAUGAAAGAAACGAAUGUUAACUAGCCUUUAGUUCUAAUGAAACUCACUCACUCACAAAUGAAACUUUUUUUAUAAUAUUCGCUGAUUGGGGUGAAGAAAUACCAGGUAUAUACAUUAUCGUAUCGUGCAAGUAUUCACGAUUAUCGAAUGUCACUUGCCAAGUUUUAAAAUUGUAUAGUCACUUAUCUAUGUCACUUAUUAUACAAAAAAAAAUGCCUUGUACAGAAAACAUUUUUAAAAUUUUGACUAAAUUAUCCAUAGCUCUAGGAGUUUCGGUUGUUUGAAUGAACAUAGAUAUAAUAAAAAUAGAUAUGAUUGUUUUCUUAAUAUACUUAUAGAAAUAAUUUACACCAUACUUUUGAUACUAAAAAUUCAUAUAAUGAGUAAAGUACAACUGCUUAUAGCUAUGCCAUACAACUUCAAUACAAAUAAUUGUUAAUAUCAUACUGAUGCAGUUUCACGUAUCUACAUCCUACUUCUACUAUACUACUGAUUCUACUGGGUUUUGGAAUGUAGCUACUUUUUUAUUCAUGUCAACACUUUAAUGGGAUCUCAAUGGAAGUUAUGUGAGCAUGCUGACAAAAGAUGGCAUCUUGGAAACUUGGAAACGCAAAUAUUUUCAAUAAUGAAGGUGCAGUUUUCGACCUGUUUCUCGAAAGCGAUUUACUGAUCCAAUUCGUAUGGGUUGUAGAUAUUUACUGUCCAACUUAAAAUAUGUUUCUAUUUAUGUUAUUUCCACAAAUUGCAAUAUAUGUAGAUCAACGAUUUCAUAUUAUUAGAUACGUGCCUACAAAAUCACCAUAAAAAGUGAUCCGAAUUUAGCUACUUCACUGAGCGCACACAUGCACAAUUUUGUGUUGACUUUCACUAUUAUAUUUAUGUUUAUACAUAAAGUUUUUACACUUCCUGAAUACACCACUCGAGAUUGUGGACAACAUUUAAGUAUUAUUUGUUUAAAUAUCUUUCAUUGUUUAGUAUGCGACUAAAAGAAAUUAAGAUUAGCCGCCUCAGUUUUGUCGCGGUAGUGACAUAUCUAAUAGUAUAAAAUCUUUGAUGAAAUUACUCCUUUUUAGUAGUACAAAAAGUUGGCAAAUAAAAUAAUUUGAAAUCGAGUUACCAAGAGAACCAACCGUAAAAUGCUAAGUAAUGUGAUAUUCUAUAAAGUCUGUUUGUACAUAUUUUUGAAAAUCUUCACAUGUAGAUAAUAUGAAUUAAAAAUUAGGUGUUCACGUACUUCAAGCAUGUUUUUAAAGUAGAAAUUGUAAAGGGAAAUGUAGAGAACUAUUUUUAUAAUACGUUAAAGACAAAAUUAAUUUCAAUUCAUUAAAUCAUUGAAAAUUAUGAAUGAUAUUUAAACGGGUACAUACCACGAUAAAACGACGAGAUUUUUAUUGUCGAUAUUUCGACCCAGUUGCAUGUAUCGUGGUCACGACGGGACUCAAUCCAUGCAACUGGGUCGAAAUAUCGACAAUAAAAAUCUCGUCGUUUUAUCGUGGUAUGUACCCGUUCAAAUAUCAUUCAUAAUGAACAACCACGAAAUAAGUUUAAAAUCAUCAUUGAAAAUGACAAUAUUUUUUUAAAAUUUGUAAUCUGAUUUAGAAGCCGUUAAUUUUUUUGUCUGUUAUUCCAUUAACCAGACGUUUAACGCUAGGCAAUAAUUUUUAUUCAUCUCUUAGAAUAAGAAUAUAAUCGCGUGCACAUAUCGUUGUUAUGUUUGUGUAUGUCUGUUGUCACGUUAGGAAGCAAUUGUACAUGAUUUUAUUUUAAAUAUCCUAUUUAUAUACCUAUUAUUAUUUAAUACAUGUUAUAAAUUGUGGCUAUAAAUAGGACCAAAAUGUGCAAAAUAAAGUGCUGUUUAGCUAAUUCGU